AUGAAUAUUAAAUUUGUUUUAGUCGUUUUGGUAUCAUGCAUUGCCUUGUCCAAUGCCGAUUGUUACUUGAAUCAAUGUGCUGCAGGUUUGAACUCUGCAUGUAACAACGAUAUGUACAAUUCAAUCAGAGCUGCUUCCGCCUCAUUGGUCGGAGAUGUCGUCCCAGAUGGAGCUCUUGUAACCUGUCCAUCAGAAUUUUACUGUGGUAUAAACCCAUCUUAUAUUGCAGGAUCUUCGAACCCAUUGCUUGUUUCACCAAAGGUUUGUCUUCCACUCGGUAAGGGAGGUGAUGUUUGUGUUCAAGGAUUAGUUUCCUGUGUUUUCGGUCUCAGUUGUUACCGUCCCUCUACUCCAGCCCCAGACUUAGUUCAAGGUGUUCAAGCAACAGCACCAGCAACUUGCCAAGCUCUUGGAUACGCUGCUUAUGGUGAGAAAUGUCAAUCUACCAACCAAUGUUCUGGUGAUUUGCAAUGUGACUGGGAACAAAACAUCUGUUUGCCAGAUCUCCCAAAUAAUUUCGAAGGAGACUGCCAAUCCAACUCUGACUGUGCCUACGGUAACUACUGUAACGGUACUUCAUGGUGUGUUCCAAAGGUUGCCAUCGGUGGUAACUGUACUGAUAACGCCGUCUGUGUUGACAACGCUCUCUGCACUCCGAUCGAGGGUCAAGAUCCACAAUGUCUCGAAAUUUUCUCGAGAACCGCCAAUCAAACCUGUUCCAAUUCCGAUACCUCUUUUGAUUUCUACGGUGUCAGACAAGGAUGCACUGGUAGCACCUACUGUUCCAACAACAACUGUACCACUUUGCCAACACCAACUCCAGCCUCCACCAACUGUACAUCCAACGCUGACUGUGUUCCAGGUUUCGAGACAUGCUAUUGUGACGGUCUCUCCAACAAGGGAACCUGUGCCUCACUUAUCCCAUCAUCCUUUGACAACUGUGCCACCAACUCCAAGGCAUUCUACCAAUGUGCCGUCACCAACAAGUGCUCUAUCGAUGUCGACUACACCGCUCCAUUCUCAUGCAUCUAUACUCACUGCAAGUCUGAAGCCUGUGCCAUGUACUCAUCAUGCAACAAUCAAUACCCAUCUGCCAACUGUUUCACCAAAGGUGAGUCAUUGGCUACCUUGGGAUUCUGUGGUGGUGGUGAUCUCAACGCCAACUCUGCCAAUAUUUUCAACCCAUCGAUCCUUUUGGUUCUUUUGGCUUUUGCUUUCGUUUUGUUUUUUCGAAAUAUUUAG